ACUUCCGGUGAUGCUCCUGAUUCCUGCCCUACCAGCGGCGGCUCCCGGCGCCGGACCCCGGCGUUCGCAGAUCACUUCCGGGUGGGACUCCACGACCACGAGCCGCGAUUGGGCGAUUUUUAGACGGCACUUCCGGUGUCCAGGUGCUUGGGUUCUUUGGCAGGAGGAGAAAGAUGGAGCUCCGCGCUGCGUCCCAUGCUUGGUCCCUCUUGUGGCUGCUGCAGCUGCCCUUGCUUGGCUUGGUCGGUGCCAGCGGUCCCCGCACUUUAGUGCUGCUGGACAACCUCAACCUGCGGGAGACGCAUUCGCUUUUCUUCCGGAGCCUGAAGGAUCGGGGCUUUGAACUCACAUUCAAGACCGCAGAUGAUCCCAGCCUGUCGCUUAUUAAGUACGGGGAGUUCCUUUAUGACAAUCUCAUCAUCUUCUCUCCCUCGGUAGAAGAUUUUGGGGGCAACAUCAAUGUGGAGACCAUCAGUACCUUUAUUGAUGGUGGAGGCAGCGUCCUGGUAGCUGCCAGCUCAGACAUUGGUGACCCACUUCGAGAGCUGGGCAGUGAGUGUGGGAUCGAGUUUGAUGAAGAGAAGACUGCUGUCAUUGACCAUCACAACUAUGACGUCUCAGACCUUGGCCAGCAUACGCUCAUCGUGGCUGACACGGAGAAUCUGCUGAAGGCCCCGACCAUCGUUGGGAAAUCAUCUCUGAACCCCAUUCUCUUUCGAGGUGUUGGGAUGGUGGCUGACCCUGACAACCCUUUGGUAUUGGACGUCCUGACAGGCUCUUCCACUUCUUACUCUUUCUUCCCGGAUAAACCGAUCACCCAGUAUCCCCAUGCAGUGGGGAAGAACACCCUCCUGAUCGCCGGGCUGCAGGCCAGGAACAACGCCCGGGUCAUCUUCAGCGGCUCCCUUGACUUCUUCAGUGAUGCCUUCUUCAACUCAGCCGUGCAGAAGGCCACGCCCGGCUCCCAGAGGUAUCCCCAGACAGGCAACUACGAGCUGGCUGUGGCCCUCUCCCGCUGGGUGUUCAAGGAGGAGGGUGUACUCCGUGUGGGGCCUGUGUCCCACCAUCGGGUGGGCGAGACAGCCCCACCCAAUGCCUACACGGUCACUGACCUGGUGGAGUACAGCAUUGUGAUUGAACAGCUCUCAAAUGGCAGAUGGAUCCCCUUUGAUGGGGAUGACAUUCAGCUGGAGUUUGUCCGCAUCGAUCCUUUUGUUAGGACCUUCUUGAAGAAGAAAGGUGGCAAGUACAGCGUCCAGUUCAAGUUGCCUGACGUGUACGGUGUGUUCCAGUUUAAAGUGGAUUACAACCGCCUAGGCUACACUCACCUAUACUCAUCCACUCAGGUGUCAGUGAGGCCACUCCAGCACACGCAGUACGAGCGCUUCAUCCCCUCAGCCUACCCCUACUACGCCAGUGCCUUCUCCAUGAUGGCCGGACUCUUCCUCUUCAGCAUCGUCUUCUUACACAUGAAGGAGAAGGAGAAGUCCGACUGAGGGCCAGAGCCCGGGGACUCCUCACAACACGGAGUGCACGGCCUUUCAUAGGACUGGGUGUUUUCCCCUUUAUGGUGGGUUUUUGUGUGUGUUUUUUUUUAAAGCCACGGGACAAUGGCACAGCCUUACCUCAGUGGGAGAUGCAGCAUUGAGUACCAAGGGGUGGGGGUUAGGGGACGACUCUUACGUUGUGUUUCCACCUAAUGCUAAGUGGUGGUUUCCAUGUGUGCUGUCACAGUCAUUUCUAAAAUAAAGAGAAACGUUGCCCUCAAACUUCA